AUGAGUAAGGAAGAAGCUGAAAUGCUAGAUAAAACCGAUUGCAUAAGUGUCCAUUCAGUACAAGAAGAGAAAGAACCACAACCAGAUGAAGGAAUUGCUUGGCUUAUGGCUAUUAUCUGUGCCUUAUCUAUGUUUUCCACUUGGGGAUCGAAUGCUUCCUACGGAGUUUUCUUGAACUAUUAUAUUACCCAUGAUACGUUUGUAAAUGCUACUAUGUAUGAUUAUGCUUUAAUAGGAGGUAUUGUCAUUGGAUUUGCUCAAGGGUUGGCUCCUUUUUCCGCUGUGCUUUAUAAUAUACUUGGUAUUAGAAGUAUGAUUAUUAUGGGCGUUAGCUUACAAACGGUAGGUUACAUUUUAUCAAGUUUUCUGACAAAAUUAUGGCAAUUAUACAUGACACAAGGAGUUUUAAUAGGGAUAUCGUUUAAUUUAGUAUUCAUCCCCCUGACUUUAGUUAUCCCUACAUGGUUCGUUAAGAAAAGAGCCACGGCAUUCGGGAUUCUUGUUAGUGGGGUUGGUUUGGGUGGUGUAGUGUUUUCAUUAUCCUUAAGUAAAAUCAUUGAGAUCAGUAAUUUCCGUUGGGGGUUGAGAUUCAUGGCUUUAGUCACCCUUAUCACUGCAGCUCCUUCUUUGUACUUACGUCCUAGAACUAAAUUGCCUCCUAUCAAAGAUAACCUUAACUGGAAAUUCGUAUCGGAGAAAAUAACUUAUACCUUGAAUCCUAUUAUUUUCCGAUCAAUACCGUUGAUACUCUUAACAAUUUGGUUUUGUCUUGCGGUUAUGGGAUAUGUGGUGAUGUUAUACUCUUUAUCUUCCUAUGCUACAUCCAUUGGUUUGGAUACUCAUCAUGCAACUUAUAUUACGGUGGUAUUGAAUGUGGGGCAAUUCGUUGGUAGACCAACAAUGGGCCAUUUGUGUGAUAAAUAUGGAAGGAGUAAUAUAGCCAUCAUAAUUUGUUUCUUCAACUGUAUAAUCAUCCUUGCUUGGUGGACCAACACUUUUUCAUAUGGAAACUUAAUAGCUUUUGCGUUCGUUAUUGGAUGUACUUUAGGGAUUGGAUCGGCUGCAUGUAAUGCCAUUGCCAGUGACUUGAUUGAGCCGUACAGAGAAAAUUUGCAGCCAGUUUGGACUUAUCUCAAUAUCUUCUGUGGUAUGAGUUGUAUUCCCGCUGAAGUGAUCGGAUUAUCAUUGAAGACCAAGGGGAAGAUGCCUUUCCUCUAUUGUCAGAUAUACUUGGGAGUAAGUUUCUUUGUAUGCGGAGUUAUGAUGAUGGUUAUAAGAUCGAUAUUGGUACGGAAAAAAUUGACAAUUAAAGGUGAGGUCGUUCCCUCAAGCUUCUUCAAGAACAUGUUUUAUAAGAUGAAGACAUAG